AUUUAAAAAUAUAUAUGUAUUUAUUUAUUUUUUUUAUAGACCUAUCGACCACACAUUGAUUUUUACUUUUUACUAAAAAUAUACUUGUAUUUUUAUUUUCUCUUUCAGUUAUAUAGUAUCAGUAUGUAUGGUCUGAUGGAGUGACACAAAAAAUUUUUUUUAUUUCUAAAUUAAGUAGCGGCUCACAAAAUAUAUAUAUGUUCAAAAUUUCAUACAAAUAUAUUAACUUACUAUACGUUCCGAGUAAACUGGCUGUGACAUACGGGCAGACAGACGGACGGACGGAUCGACAGACAGACGGGCAUGACGAAACUAUAAGAAUUACGUUUUUGCCAUUUUGGCUACGGAAAAUUGUAUCCCUCCUACAAAAAUACGUAAGUACAUAAAUGAUAUCAAUUCAGAUCCGAUUUAUGAAAACAAGAAUAUAGUCGGCGCAACGUAAGAACCAAUAUUUGACACUUAUAAAUGUGAACCUUAUGUGUAUUAAUGACAUUACCUUAUGCAUUUAUAUUUCCACUGCAAACCUAUUGUGAAAAUAAUAGUUAUUGCCUCAGAUACCAGGAAACUUAUUAUUUCAUUUCAAACCAUUUUGCAGUGUUUCUCACCUUUUUGUUAACGGCGUCUAAUUGGCGGUUUAAUAUUUACCUUUUUAAGCGAAAAGAAUAGCUUAUUAACUGACUUCAAGAUUUCAAAAGGAGGAGGUUCUCAAUUCGGUGUAUGUUUUUUUUUAAUAUUUGUUAUUUUGAUUUUUUUUUUAUCUACAGACAGAUAUAUUACAGAUUGGUCCCGUUUUUGCCAAAACCCAGUUUUGGGGGCCUACCGCGAAAACCGAAUUCCGCAAAUUGCGGGGAUCUUUCUCUUUUACUCUCACUAAGACGUAAUUAGAGUGACAGAGAAAAAUGCCCGCAAUUGACGAACUUCGAUUUUCACGGUUGUAGCCCUGAUGUUGGGAUCCAUGAGGAAUUAAUGUGAAAGGCAUAUAUAUAUUGAUUUUUGUAUUUUCUUUAACAAAUCAAGUAUUUACAAUUGUAGAAGUGACAUUUUAUGAAGUGGAACUGCUGAUGAUGAACAGAACGGAACUCUUCAACGAUGCAUAGUUCACGUUUGGCAAUUUGUUCUCUUUGCAUGUUUGUCAAGCAGUUAGGUUUUCAAGGCACAUUUUUAUAUUUCUAUCCUAUUUCGUUUUUUUAAUAAUUAUCUGGUGCUUUAUUUCAUGCAUGGCAUAUUUGCAUAAUUUAUUUUGAAUACAGUCGAAUACCCUAUUGCGGGUAUCUUACCAGUCAACCAUAACGCUGUCUUUUAAAUUUCAUUGUAUGAAAGCCAAAAUCAACAAUAAUCGUUCAUUCACCGGUCUCUCUCAUUGAAGUCGGUUUUUUUUCUUAAAAAUUAUUAAAUCCAACGAAAUAACGGUAAUUUUUCGAUGAAAUUCCAUUUCGGGAGAAAACUUUUCCACUAACUACAUCUUAACAUAUCACUUUGAUUUUGAUGUCGAACGGUUUAGCUUUUUUAUAAAAAUAUUUUAUAUAUAUUUUUUUGCCUAAACCUAGUUUUUUAUUGUGUCAAUAAGAUACUAAAAAAUCAUGGAGAAUGGAAAAUAUUUAGAAGUGGAAAAACGUUUUCUCUUUUUGUAUGGACAGUCACGUGCUAUACUUACUUCCCUCUCGUGAUAAAGCGACCAUAUGGCCACCGGACGACGGCAAACCUAGAUGCAAAAGGUAUGGUUUAGGUAAAGGUACAUCUUAAUUAUAUAAUUAUGUUUAUACCUAUUCCAGCUUCCUAGUACCUAGGUACCUACUUAUAAUAUUUUUCACAUAGUUUGGGUUCGGUGACAGCUGUCAUCUCAAUACAAUUUGGCAUAUUAAGGUUAGAAAUUGUAUUGAAAUUACAGCUGUCACCGAACCUAAGCUAUGUGAAAAAUAUUAUAAUGAUCACUGAGCUCAGUCGCGAAUGGACAGACGGUAAAGGGGCCCACUGAUUAGUAGUCCGCCGGACGGUAUCGGCCUGUCAGUUAGAACAAAAAGUUGACAGCUCCGAACAACUGGCAGACCGAUACCGUCCGGCGGACUGCCCCCUUAAGACAGGCAGGUGGACAUAAAGAAAGUAUGAGAGUUCCUAGUUGAGUGCGAAACCCUACACAAAUCAAACAUAACUACAGGCAAAACUGUGUUUAAAAAAACCCAUAAAGCAGGCCUUGAUGUGAUUUCAUUCUAACAUCUUUAAUCUUGUCAAUUUACGACAAAUUAUUUGCCGAUUCAGUUUAUAGAGACAUUCUCUGCUGAAUAAUUUAUGAGUAAAUUAGUAAUUAACUACCUACUUGCCUACUUCGUUACUACCACUAUUAUCUAUGUUUUUAAUUAUAGGUACUUAACUUACACUAAAUAAGAACGUCACGAAUGGAGGUAUUCGGAGGUCACUAUUUACAAACAUUUAACAUAAAAUUAGUUAUAACACGCAGAUUAUCACGGCAUCGAGUUUUCAAAAGUACUUCGUGACUCACCUACCUCCACAUCUGUGAAGUCAACUGGCCUGGAAAAAAGUAAUAAUCAGCACAAUGUCAAGGAUGUAAACAAUGUAUAAAUAGUUGAUAAAAUUUUUACAAUUUUAUCUGUCGCAGAGGUGUUUUGAAGACUUCGCGGGAGACAUCCUGAAAUAACGCGAUUUGCAGCGGCGGCGCGCGCGCACCCGCGCGGCGCUGCUGUCGCCCGCGCCUUUCCGACGCCAUUUUCACACACGCACCGAGCUUUCCCGCGGACAGAUCACCAAGCAUCCCCCGCAGCGGCAGCGCGGCAAGACACGAGUCGUGUCUCAAGCUGCGGCGCCCUACGCACGUGCUCGCCCGUGUCUAGUGACUGUGCACUUACACCAAACUUAAUCGUACCUAAAUAUUCAAAUGACUCUAAUUCAAAACCUGAGUGAAGCAAAAGGCGAAACAAUGGAGGGAUCCCCGGCCAAAGAGGACAGCGCCAAGUCCUUGAGGCCCGUGAGAAACAGACGAUACACACGAAGGAGUCUAGUCGCAGGCCAGCGUCCUCAGAAAAGGUUAUUCACGCCAGAAAUAAAGCGGUAUUUAAAGGAUUGGCUAGUGCGUCGAAGAGACAAUCCCUAUCCUAAUCGAGAGGAAAAGAAAUACCUCGCGGAUGAAACAGGCCUUACCUACAUUCAGAUAUGCAACUGGUUCGCUAACUGGCGGCGCAAAUUGAAAAACGUCAAUGCAGAUCGAAACCAACAGACAUGGGGCCAUCUCAUCCGCACAUACAACGACCGCGCUCAGGGCAACGUGGAGCAGUUCAGCAUCAGCUCCGACGACAGCAUCUGGAGCGAGCCAGAGCCCACCAGCUCCAACUACGAGUCGAUAGACUUCGAGACUGAACACGACAGCCCGGAACCACACUACCAAGAGGACUCUGACUCCUCCACAAAUUCUAAAGAGAAAUGCGAAUUUUUCAAUAACAAUACCUAUAGCGAGCAGCAAGAAUGUCUCGGGGAGUCGAAGAAAAUCACGAGUCCGUUACUCCUUAGCAAGUGGUUGGAGAGCGCAGCGAGGUUUCAGCCGAGUGAGAUGAACUACUCAUGGUGGGCGGACGGGAAGCGGCGGCGGGUAGAGGCGCGCCCUCAGCGGGUCGUUAACACCGCGAGGCACGACCGGGACGAGGUGGAGGCGGCGGUGGCCCUCACUGCCCUCGCCAGCGCCACCACGCGCCUCACUGCCCCGUAGAGUGUUCGCACUUACCACAACUCAUUUAUGUGAUUUUCUUCACUCCGCACAAUGCAUUGAUAUGUGCUACUUGAUUGAUUAAGUGUCCUGUGCUGACAUAAUACGACACCUUUCCCAUGAGCUCUUUCAGAAACAAAUUAUAGGACUUUGACAAGAACGAUUUGGGGAGAAGCGUAUUUUAAAUUAAACUUAGGUAUUUGCAACCUUUACCGCUUCAAAAAACUUACGUAUAAUAGAUACCUAUUUCUCCAGUCAAUUACUAUUUUAGUACUAAUAAAUUAUAUUUAAGGCGGUUAUGACACUGGCGCCGCAACUGAACGCGGAGACGGCGUGGCGGCACAGCGUUCGGUUGCGGCUCCAGGCCUCAUUGCCGUAAGGAUUUCCAACGAGACUAUUUGACGCAAUGUUUUUUAAUUCGCCUACUUUGGUGUCUUACUGCUGGGCAAAGGCUUCCCCUCGUUUUCUGCCCUCGACCCUGCCAUCGGUAUUUCUCCACCAUUUGGGGUUAGAAUGCGUCCAAGUCGACCCGCCAUCUCCUUUUCGGUCUGAUUGUAAACAAUCAGUAACCAUUUUGGCUCACAUUUCCGGGAGCAGGUGGCAGACAUGUCCAGCCCAGUCUCACUUAAGCUUAGCGGUUUUGACACCUACAUCUAUAACUCUAGUUCUGGAGCGUACUUGUUUCUGAUUCGAUUAGUUCUAUAUCGCUCGCUAGCGAACCUUGAGUUUCAAUUUUAAAGCCUCGGUUGAUAACCAAGUUUUUGCUCCGUAGGUUAGGAUGGGCAGUAUGUACAAGAGAAGGUCGCCCUUCAUUAGAACUUUCAUGGACCAGAAGCUCUUCCAGGCGUUCCCAAUACGUCUACCGAUUUCGAUAGUUUGCCUGUUCUCGAAGGAUGCUAUCUGACCCAAGUAAAACGUACUCGUCGACAUAUUGUAUAUCCUGCCCAUCUACUAUGUUUAGCUUAUUGGUCAUCAACUGAGUUUUCGCUCUAUUCAUUCAAUUUGUGUGUGAGUGAACAAUUUCGGAGAAGAUAUGGGACUUUUCUAUUAUUUGAUUAAGAGUUUGGAGAUGGUCUUGGUUAGUGGUGGAGAAGCUAGGUCGAAAUCCGGCUUGUUCGGGUGGCUGAUUUGUCCAGCAAUGGGGCAGUUAUAUUCUUUAUUAUUAUUUUAAUUAAUAAUAGAACAUUUUAACUUGUUUACCUAAUUUGUUACUAUGCCUAUAGCAUAACACGCAAUUUAAAGUCCUUUCCUAACUCAGGGUAGGUUUUGUAUUAGAAAAAAGAAGGAUAUUCCUUAAGAAAGGGCAAAGAUUCCAUAAAAUUUCACUCAGUUUUAUUAAAACGAAUAAUUUAGCUUCAAUCAUAGACUUUACUUUUGAAGUGUAUAUAGUGUCUAAGCUAAUUCUGUUGUUCAAUACUUGCACUUGUAAUGUCCAAUGUAAAAUAAACCUUAAAAGGCUCAACAGUUCAACUCCGCAACUGUACACGACGAAAAUUAUAGAUACCUACAGAAUUUCGAUCUAAGAAACUUUACCCUUCUUGACUUGAUUGUACUUUAAUUUAUAACCUGCUAAUGUGAUCGCAAUUGGUUUGUGUGUCUAAGUACGUCGGUGACUGCUGUAUUCAAAUAUCUUUAGUCUAGGCUUUUAUUACCUAUAAGAAUGUUACGAUUUUAUCAAAGAUGUGUGAUAUAUGUAAGUAAUUACUGUUGAGUUCACAAAAUAACUAUUUGGAAAUAUUUAUCAGUAUAAGCCGGGUCCACACAGAGCGAGCAUACGCGCGAGGCAGCAGGAUUUGCCACGCGCGUAUGCUUGCUCUGUGGACCCGGCUAUUGGUGAAAAUUUACUAGAUAAUAGAUAUCUAGUAAAUUUUCACCAAUAGCCGAUAAAAAAAUUCAUGACUACUUAUAUCUAAAUUUAUGUGCCAUUUAAAAUAAGAUUUGCUCAACUUAACUUUAGCCUGAGUGAUACUGCCUAUUGCCUUAAUGUUUUACAUAUAUGGGUAGAUUAGGUCAUUUUCGUUGUUUAAUUGAUCUCUUUUAGAUUAGACAUUAAGUUUUAAUGUAAAUUUAACACCUGCCAAAGAUUGCGUUUAAAGUUCCACAUUUAUUAUAAAAAUAAUAAAUUUAAUGUGUCUGAG